AUGUUUACAGAACUAAAAUCUGAUCAUUCUAAGUUAUCGUAUUUUUGUCAGGCUUUUAGGUCUCAAUUGAUUGAAAUUAGUUUCUCGUUGGAACAAAUAUUUUAUUAUGUGACAUGUGCAUGCGCGUGCGAACCACUGAUUCCGAACGUAUCUACGCACACUAAUGAUCAUUUACUUCGCACACAAACACACUGCGAAACGACUAUAAUACAUCGAAUUGCCUAUACACGACCCCUUAUUAAAUCACCGGAUCGAAUCCCCUUAAUACCUAGCUAG